AUGGAUGAAACGCACAACAACAGGACUUCCUUGGUCAAAGGUGCCAAGGACAUCGCUAAAGAAACCAAGAAGCAUGCUGCCAAAAACCUCGGUAAAGCUGUUGAUCGUGCCUCAGAUGAAUAUUCAGCUCAUCGCAGCUACAAUCGUUUCCAGAACGAGGAUGAAGAAGACAUCAACUACAGUACUUACACUCAGCAAGAUGGUGAAUAUGCUGACAAUGCAGCCAAUGAUGAGGACGGAGCCUCUAGUGAUGCCACAGAGGGCCACGACGAUGAAGAUGAGAUCUAUGAGGGGGAAUACCAAGGUGUGCCUGCCAACAAUGACGGCAAGCCGCGGGAGGGUCAGGUGGCUCUCGGCCAGCCGGUUUCCGACAGCCAAAAGAGCAGUAAGGAGCUGGAAAACGAGAGACAGGCAGAUGAGGAGGAGCUGGCCCAGCAGUACGAGCUAAUCAUGCAGGAGUGUGGCCAUGGGAGAUUCCAGUGGCAGCUGUUCUUCGUACUCGGGCUGGCGCUCAUGUCAGACGGCGUGGAAGUGUUCGUUGUGGGCUUCGUCCUGCCUAGUGCUGAGACAGACAUGUGUGUCCCCAACUCUGGUGCCGGAUGGCUUGGUAGCAUUGUGUACCUGGGGAUGAUGUUUGGAGCCUUUUUUUGGGGCGGCCUGUCGGACAAGUUGGGCCGUAAACAGUGCCUGCUGAUAUGCCUGUCCGUCAACGGCUUCUUCGCCUUCCUCUCCUCUUUUGUUCAAGGCUACAGCAUGUUCCUCCUCUGCCGCAUGGUCUCUGGUUUUGGGAUCGGGGGAGCUGUUCCAAUAGUAUUCUCUUACUUUGCGGAGGUGUUGGCUCGGGAGAAGAGAGGAGAGCAUCUGAGCUGGCUCUGCAUGUUCUGGAUGAUCGGAGGGAUUUAUGCCUCAGCCAUGGCAUGGGCCAUCAUCCCACACUAUGGCUGGAGCUUCAGCAUGGGUUCAGCCUACCAGUUCCACAGCUGGAGAGUGUUUGUGGUGGUGUGUGCGCUGCCUUGUGUCUCUGCAGUGGUCGCUCUCACUUUUAUGCCUGAGAGCCCCCGCUUCUUCCUGGAGAUGGGUAAACACGACGAGGCCUGGAUGGUGCUAAAACAGAUCCAUGACACCAACAUGCGUGCCCGAGGAGAACCGGAGAGAGUCUUCACUGUGAACAGGAUAAAAAUCCCCAAACAGUUGGACGAGCUGGUGGAGAUGCAGAAUGAGUCAGCCAACCCUGUGCUCAAGGUCCUCUUCAAGAUCAAGACUGAGCUCAGAGGGAUCUGGUUGACUUUUAUGAGAUGCUUCGACUACCCAGUGAGAGACAACACCAUCAAACUGGCUGCAGUUUGGUUUACUCUGUCUUUUGGGUACUACGGGCUGUCUGUGUGGUUCCCUGAUGUCAUCAAGCACCUUCAGGCUGAUGAGUACGCCUCCAGAGUGAAGGUUCACAACAACGAACGCAUUGAAGACUUCACCUUCAACUUCACCCUCGAAAACCAGAUCCACAGGAACUCUGUCUUUCUAAACGACAGGUUUAUCGGUAUGAAGUUCAAGGCGGUCACAUUCAUCGACUCCUCUUUCCUCAACUGCUAUUUUGAAGAUGUCUCCUCUGUCGGAUCCUUCUUUAAAAACUGCACCUUUAUCGACUCGUUCUUUUACAACACGGAUAUUGACGAUGCCAAACUAACAAACUCAGAGGUGAUCAACAGCUCCUUCCACCACAACAAGACGGGGUGUCAGAUGACAUUUGAGGACGAUUACAGCGCCUACUGGGUGUACUUCGUCAACUUCCUGGGAACUCUGGCUGUGCUGCCCGGAAACAUCGUCUCUGCUCUCCUCAUGGAUAAAAUAGGGCGCCUCAGCAUGUUAGGAGGCUCCAUGGUGCUGUCAGGCAUCAGCUGCUUCUUCCUGUGGUUUGGAACCAGUGAGUCGAUGAUGAUCUUCAUGCUCUGUCUUUACAACGGCCUCAGCAUCUCUGCCUGGAACUCCCUGGAUGUGGUCACCGCCGAGCUGUACCCAACAGACAGGAGGGGCACAGGCUUUGGCUUCUGUAAUGCCAUGUGCAAGCUGGCAGCGGUGAUGGGCAACCUGAUCUUUGGCUCACUGGUUGGCAUCACCAAGGCGAUCCCCAUCCUGCUGGCAUCGUCCGUGUUGGUUGGCGGCGGCCUGGUGGGCCUUCGACUGCCAGACACACGCGCCAAUGUCCUCAUGUGA